UUUUUGAGAAGUUUCCAGUUUUGUAUGAAACCCAUUGUUUAUAAUGUAACCCCACCAGCAGGCUAUGAGCGUAUGACCAAAAAUGAUGAUUAGCUACAUUCAUGGUUGAGGGGUCUCUUUCGGAUUUGCAAAAGGGUUGCUGUCCGAGAGGUAGUUGAUGGGGUUGUUUUUAUUAUCUCGAUUCCCUUUUUGAAUAUUUGUAAGCACCCCAUUUAGUCUCUAUCCACACUAUUUGCUAUCGUACAUCGCGAUUCGCGUCUGCACUGCCCUUUUUUACUUCACUUCCGGGUUUUAGUCGUGAUAGAUAGUCUCAACUUUGAUUUUCUGGGUGUGUAGGUUUUACUUUCAUUCUAUUCUCUCACCCACAUUUUAGAAUAUGAGAAGUUAGUUAGCGGGAAUGGGUUUUGAUUGCUCUGAAUUUGGAGUAAUUCUUCUAAGCAUAGCGUGAGCUGCCAUAUCAGUUUGUAGAUUCUCUGACAAGCUUACAGGGUCUGCUGGUUUGACUUUGCUGUUUCUUCCUCUCUUAGUCUUAGCUAAAAAGUGAUUCUUCUGAAAUUGCUCCUUUUCUGGAUCAUUUAUUUGUGGUAGGCCUGGUAUCCAGCAGCUUAUAAUACACUUUGCCAUAAUUAUUUCAUGUUAUAUACGGCGGUAGCAGCCUUAAAUAACUGGUGGACAUGCUUGUUUCUCAUGCAUUUAAGAUAUUAGUUGUGCAUCAUUGUCUCACUAGUCACUCACUGGAUAUAGGCUUAUAGCUAUACCCUGCCAGCUGUGGAUGACCAAUAAUUAUGGGAAGUGAUUGUACCAGAAAGUUUUACAGUUUAGUAUAGUCUAACGGUAUGUGCCUUCUUAAGUACUGUAUGUUGGAAUGAAUUGGAAACUUCAGAUGUUUGUUGGCCAACCAUGAAUUUGGUCACCCUAUUUCUCUAUCUUGACUUCAAGGCCACGUGUUUUAGAUGAGAAUAUUGAUACCCCUCCUCCCUGACCCCGCCCCCCCAAUUUCACCCUUUUCAGAAUAUAAAUGACUUGAAACUGAAAGCUGAACCAUGGUCGAUUUUUUUCAGCUCUGUUUUGAUGUCCAGCUCAUCUUAAUAUAUGUAAUUUGAUGUUCUUGCUAUCAAAGAUUUUGUUCAUGGCUAUGUGCAGUUGGAGAGGGUUGAGAUCAAUGAAAUUUAAGGAGUAAAGCUCUUGUCCCAAAUGAAGUGUUAGGGUGGAAUAAAUGAAGCUUGAAAACGAAGUUGUCAUUGCUUGUCUCAUAAGCUUGAUCUGGAUUGGGCAAAGUCAUUGUGAUGAACUUUCUGAUACUUCUGGCAUAAACAAAUGGACGUGUAAAUGUUCUUCAUAUCAAGGAAACAGGAGCUAUGCUCUUAAAUCCAACUGUUCCGCAUCCUGUGAUUGCAUUCAAGAUGUUGAAGGAAGUGGGAGUAUGUGGACAUGUACAUGUGGUGAUGGGUUCCCUAAAGUAGCUUCUUACAAUCUUGAUACUAACUGUUUUACAGCCUGCAACUGCACUUCCGGACCUCUCAGCACGGCACAAGACUCAAAAAAGCACAUUUCAAGCAAAGUUGUUGUGAUUAUACUAUUACUAUGUGUUUUACUCACAACUUUUGCAUUUCUUGCCUCCGCUAUGUGCUAUUUCUAUCGAAGGGACAAGUGCCCUAUUCAGACACCGAUGUUCUCAUCAGAUAUAGAAACAAGUUGCAAUAGUGCUACCAACUUAAUAAGUCUUAGGACUUCUUCAGUGCUAGCAACCAAAGUUACUGCAGAUUUCCCUAUAAAUCCUUCAACAGGGUGCUUUCUGAAGGCUUCUUCCUUAAUUAGAAGCAAAAGAGGAAAUACACAUGGCACCAUUAUCCAAUUUUCAUACUCUCAGUUGGAAAGUGCAACCGAAAAGUUCUCAAACUCUAAUCUUAUAGGAGUUGGAGGAAGCAGCUAUGUUUAUCAUGGUCGGCUAAAAAAUGGUAGAACUGUGGCAAUUAAGCGUCUAAGAUCUCAGCGAGGACCAGACGCAGAGUUUCUGUUUUUAACAGAGAUUGAACUGUUAUCCAGACUUCACCACUAUCAUGUGGUGCCUUUGCUGGGCUACUGCUCAGAAUCCCUAGGAAAAAAUGCUGAGAGGCUCCUGGUGUUUGAGUACAUGCCUAAUGGUAAUUUGAGAGAAAGUCUGGAUGGAGGUUCAGGGAAAGACAUGGACUGGGCUACUCGAGUUGCAAUUGCAAUUGGAGCUGCAAGGGGAUUGGAAUAUCUUCAUGAAGCAGCUGCUCCAAGGAUUCUGCAUAGUGAUGUCAAAUCAACAAAUAUUCUUCUAGAUGAGAAUUGGAAAGCAAAAAUAACUGAUCUUGGUAUGGCUAAGUGCUUAAGGGCUGACGGUCUCCCCAGCUCUUCCAAUUCUCCAGCAAAAAUGCAGGGGACUUUUGGUUAUUUUGCACCAGAGUAUGCAAUUGUUGGAAAAGCCUCUCUCAAGUCAGAUGUUUUCAGUUUUGGAGUAGUUCUUCUUGAGCUUAUUAGUGGUCGGCAGCCCAUCUACAAAUCAACAAGCAAAGGAGAAGAAAGCCUUGUCAUUUGGGCUACUCCUCGAUUACAGGACAGUAGACGAGUAAUUACAGAUUUGCCUGAUCCCCGCUUAAAUGGGAAUUUCCCAGAAGAAGAGAUGCAGAUAAUGGCUUAUCUAGCGAAGGAGUGCCUGUUAUUGGAUCCUGAUGAUCGACCUACCAUGAGUGAAGUUGUUCAAAUUCUCUCAACUAUUACACCUGAGAAGUCUAGAAGGAGAAACCUUCCUGUAUAUCUUUACCAGAGGUCAUCUCCCCAUAGGAUGAAAAGUGAAUCAUCCAUUCAGAGAUCUUACAGCCAAGUGGAGAAGACGCCAGCCUCAUCCAGUAAAUGGUCAACUCGAUGCUCACUGCAGUUAUCAGGCCCUAUUGAUGCAGAGGAGGUAAGGCCAGCCCCACCAAGUAAAGAAUCAAAUCUGUGUUCUCUGGCAGGAAAUAUUGAUAGUACUCCGCGUGUUGGAAAUAAUACUGAGGAAGCAGAUACUGUUUCGGCCGAGAAUAUAGAGAGAUUGAUCCUCUUGACUUCAAAUAAAAGGAGCCAGCAUGACUCGGAUGAUGAAACAGUGGACUUAACUGAGCCACGGCUUGAGUCAUUCUGCAUGAACAAUAUUAAGACCCCUUGACAAGAUCUACCAGAGAGCUUUGGGAAAAGAGGGAGAAAAUUCCUGGUAAUCAGGUUUUGUGGUGGUACGA